UACUACUAGCAGUAACGAUAUAUAUGAAAUGGACAACUCGUGAAAAAGUAGCAGUUUGUAUAAAAGUAUCAUUUGGAUUGUAAACACAAAAAAAAAGAGAGAGCAGUUCAAGUUUGUGAGUAUGAGAGAGUCAGGCAGCCAUUUUUUUCUGUUUCAUUCAUUAUCAACGAGCAAACAUCGAUUUACAGUAAAAUACGGCGCAGACCUCCUUCGACACCACCCAUUGUAUCGUUGUUCAUUCGGGAGCCGCCAUUUCUUAAUGUUUUCUAUCGAAAACGGUUUUGUGGGUUGAGAUAAUACCAUACAUCCAUUCGCCAAUAUAAUAAUAUUGACGGUAACAACCUCCCUUUGACCGACCACCACCAGAAAGUUCCAUACAUUGAGUCACAACAUAAUAAAAUCACUCCAUUCCGUACACACACACACACACACACACACAGAUAUACAAAACAACAACGACGGCUCAUAGCCAUUUCAAAUGAAUUUUUUUUUUGUAUUGAUGUAGCAAAAGAAGUGACCAGCCUUGACGGCGAUCCCUCUUCAUCCACAACCACGUCCCAUUUCUGUCGAGGCCAGAGGCAAAUUCAGGUGGAGUUUCCUGUGUGUGUUGUUUGUUGUGUUUUGUAUAUGUUUUUUCCUUCGAUUCAUUCUAUCUAAAUUUUUUUUUUGUGUAUGGUGGUGUGGUCGCCCCAAAUUGUUUUAAUGUGAUGUGUGUGUGUGUAUUUAUGGUGAAUCCCAUCAUCUUUAUACAACAACAACAACAACAUCCAUCCUUAAUAAUCUGACAACCCGUAACCAAAAAUUCGACCCAGAAAAUAUCAUCAAAUGUGAAAAGAGAAUAUAUAAAUAACACACAAACAUACACACCUAGAUAAAUAUCAUAUCAAAACAUUCAAAAAAAACUGACAAAAACGAAAAAAACCCGCGAUUCUUUGGCCACCUCCUACUUGUUCUCCGACGCCUCCUCCUCUUUCGUUCUAUUUUUCUCUGUCAUUUUUUUGGAUCACCGAUACAUCCUUUUUUCGGCGUGUCCCGAAUUUUAUCCUCAUCCCACUCACUUGUUUUUGUUUUGUCUGUAUGGUGGUCAUUUCAAAUAUCACCAUACAAAAAAAAUUCAAAAAAAAACCCCGCGAAUUUUAAAUACUAUUUUCAUCUGGUUUGGUAAUUAAAAACUCAUUCAAAUUGGCGCGACGUGGGAAAUCCAAAGCGACUACUAUGUCGAAUAAUCAACAGGCCGAUGAUAAUCAGGGCCUAUUUGGUCCUGGGCCUGGUGGUGGGAAUGGUGAUCAUGGUGCUCAAACCGCAAUGAAAGGAUCAACAACGGUAACGGCUACAAAUCAGAUAUUAACACAAGCAACAGCAGCCACUGGUGGAACAGCUCAAGCUGUUCAAUACAGUAUCAUACAACCACAGAUUCAGUUAGCUGAUGGCCAAACAGCUGAAGCUAUUUUUCUACAAAGUGGACAACAAGCGAUACAGAUAUCGGGUAAUCAUCAUCAAUUAUUGUCACCAAAUCAUCAAGUGGUACGUACUACUGGAACCGGACAAACACAAGCACAGGCCCAACAAGCUCAACAAGGACAACAGGUGUAUAUACAAGGAUUAGGAAAUGCGGUAAUUAGUAAUGGACAACCGGUAGCCGUACGACAAGCCGGAAGUAUGAUGCAAGCAUUACAGCUACCCGUUCAACAAACCAUACCCGUCCAAUCCAUAUCGACACAGAAUGGUCAAACCAUACUACAGACAAUCCAAAUACCAAUACAAGCAUUACAAUCACUUGGAGCAAAUGUUCAACAACCACAGAUAGCCACACAUCAAAUGAUGCCACAAUUGCAACAAGUUCAAAUGACGCCCAUUGCCGUAUCGCAAGCAUCAGCAUCACCAAUAAAACAGGAACCCUCCGAAAGUGCCACACAAUUAGCUGCAAACGCUAAUAGCCACCUGACGAAUGCUCAAACCGGACAAACGGUAUUGAAUAUUCAACUUCCAAAUGGUCAAAUUGGACAACUCAUAUCAGCAGCACCUGCGGUUUGGCCAGCAAAUUCUGUAAACAUUUCCAAUAUUGGUGAUUUAUUAACUGGUAUGCGAGGACAGAAUGUCAUUCAAGUUCAAGGAGUACAGGGCGUUCAAGGUUUGCAGACAAUCCAGUUACAAGGAGGUAACAUAAUUGCAAAUGCACCUAAUGGUCAACCCGUUGGUCCAUUAAGUCCGGUACAAGCGAUUCAAAUAGCCAAUAGUAAUCAAUUAAUACAGCAGCUACAACAAGAUCCAAAUGAUCCAAGUAAAUGGCAAAUUGUAGCUACACCGACAAAUGCUCUUCAAGUUCAAGGAGCUAUACAAGCAAAUUUUGCUACGACAGCAACUUCUGCAGCUACUGGUACAGAUGGAUCAACGAUUCCGGUUAGUGGUGGUGGUGGUGGUGGCGUUGCUGUUGGUCCUGAUGGACAACCACAACGAAAACUUCGCCGUGUUGCUUGUACAUGUCCAAAUUGUCGUGAUGGUGAAGGUCGUAAUAGUGAUACGAAAAAGAAACAGCAUAUUUGUCACAUUCCUGGAUGUAAUAAAGUAUAUGGGAAAACAUCACAUUUACGUGCCCAUUUACGAUGGCAUACAGGUGAAAGACCAUUUGUUUGUAAUUGGCUAUUCUGUGGAAAACGUUUCACCCGUUCAGAUGAGCUUCAACGACAUCGUCGAACGCAUACAGGUGAAAAAAGGUUUCAAUGUGCUGAAUGUUUAAAACGUUUCAUGCGAAGUGAUCAUUUAUCCAAACAUCUGAAAACACAUCAAGCACGACGUAUUGCACAGGCUGCUCAACAACAACAGAUUCAGAUACAAACUACACCACAACAACAGCCACAACAAUUGAAUCAGAAUGAUGUUACGAAUAAUAUGACAACGACAACGGCACCAGCAACAACAACAUUGAUAAUAACAUCUAAUAAUAUUGGAUCAUUGAAUGAUCAGGUAAAAUCAUCGGCAAAUUGACGAAUUCUAAUUAUUCUAGGAGUGGAUGCCUUUUCUUUCUACCUUUUUUUUGUUCACUAUUAUUCCAUUUAUUUUUGUAAUGAUCAUUAUUUUAUAUCAUAUUUCAUUUAUGCAUCCCGUUGCGAUUGAUUCUUCCAUUCAAUUAGUUUUUUAUCAUUAUUUUCCAAUUAAUUUCACACAUACACACACACACCUACAAAUUAAUUGUCCUACUCAUACAUGCAUACAAUAUUAAAAAAUUAUAUAAAAUUGAAAGAUUUAUAUUCAA